GCCACACAACAUUCCUCUGCACCCACCCACAUUCACAGCUUCUGUAAUAACAAAUCAAGUUCAUUAAUUCGUUAUGCCCACUCGUACUUUGCUUUUCUCCUUGCUUGUCUGGCUGCUGCUCUUCCUUGCAGCAACACCUCGACGGAGUCUGACCCUUGCUGCCGGACGAGGCAGCUGGGAACUCCUACAGAAAAGCAUUGGUAUAUCCGCCAUGCACAUGCAACUGCUUUACAAUGAUCGUGUUGUCAUAUUCGAUCGUACUGACUUCGGCAAGUCAGAGCUAGCUUUGCCCCAGGGCAAGUGUCGGACCGACCCCAGUGACACCGUUCUCACGGUCGACUGCACCGCUCAUUCCGCCGAAUACGAUGUUUCGACCAACUCGUUUCGCCCUCUCAUGGUCCAAACUGACGUCUGGUGCUCUUCCGGUGUGGUCGCACCCGACGGGCGUCUCAUCCAGACUGGUGGAUUCAACGACGGUGAACGUUCUGUUAGAAUGUUCACACCGUGCAAUGGUUGUGACUGGGAAGAGAAUAGGUCCGGACUCCUUGCUCGGCGGUGGUACGCAACCAACCAUAUAUUACCAGACGGCCGCUCUAUCGUAAUCGGUGGACGUCGGGAAUUCAAUUAUGAAUUCUACCCAAAAUCCCCGUCGACUAACAAGCUCUUCUCUCUGCCGUUUCUGUGGGAAACUAAUGAUCCGGGGAUAGAGAAUAAUCUCUACCCAUUUGUUCAUCUUAACGUUGACGGUAACUUAUUCAUCUUCUCCAACAACCGAGCGAUUCUACUCGACUAUAACAGGAACAAAGUUGUGAAAACGUUCCCGCAAAUACCUGGGGGUGAUCCGAGGUGCUACCCCAGCACCGGUUCUUCAGUUCUUCUCCCUCUGAAGCACACACAGAGACCAUACAUUGAAGCUGAGGUUCUGGUAUGCGGUGGCGCGCUGAAAGGCUCUUACGCUCAGGCGAAGAGAGGUAACUUCGUUAAAGCUCUCAACACAUGUGGGAGAAUCAAAAUUACUGACCCGAAACCAGCUUGGUUCAUGGAGACAAUGCCCCUACCAAGGGUCAUGGGAGACAUGACAAUACUUCCCAAUGGCCACAUCUUGAUAAUCAAUGGAGCUGCAUCAGGGACUGGUGGGUGGGAAAUGGGCCGGGACCCAGUGUACAGUCCGGUGCUUUACAAACCCGAUUACCCAUCUGGGUCGAGAUUCGAGGUGCAAAACCCCACCAAGAUACCGCGUAUGUACCAUUCCACUGCAAUCUUACUCCGGGAUGGUCGGGUUCUGGUUGGAGGAAACAACCCUCAUGUAUUCUACAAUUUCACAGGCGUCCUUUAUCCAACUGACUUAAGCUUAGAGGCGUUCUCACCGGGUUAUUUGGAUCCGGGCCUUUUGAAUGUACGCCCAAGGAUUAUCUAUCCGUUAUCUCAAGUUAAGCUCAAGUAUGGGCAACGACUGAGAGUUCGGAUCUCUGUUCCGGGCGCAUUUGAUAGCAGCCGGGUGUCGAUAACAAUGGUGGCUCCAUCAUUCACAACCCAUUCAUUCUCCAUGAAUCAAAGGCUACUGGUUCUGGAUGCCGCAAGGGUGACGCCGGUGUCGGGGCCAGUGUAUGACGUCGAGACGUUGAUGCCCAAAUCAGGUUUACUUUCACCUUCGGGCUAUUAUCUUCUGUUUGUGGUUCAUCAGGAAGUUCCGAGCAAGGGAAUUUGGAUUCAAAUUAUGUAAAUGUAGAUAUAUAAUUAAUCUCUGCAUUGUGUUUUCUCACAUGCUUAAAAAGAAAAAGAAAAAGAAAAAGAAAAUAGAUAUAUACUCUGUGGUCGAUGAUGUGAAAAUGCUUAGUAAUUAGGAAGCCGUUAGGGAGCAUUCUAACUUGAUUGCUCUUAUUUUGGCUACUUGUUAUUGGAAUGUAUCAAUGUAAAGCAUAAUAUGUAUUUCUUUCUUUCUUUUCGUUUUUUUUUUUUUUAAGUAAAGCAUAAUAUGUUGUGGGAUUCCUUUCUUCCGCCGUCUAUAUAUAGGCUGUGUUUGGUUGCAGUGCAA